AUGAUAUUUACUUCCUUACUUCUACUGCUCGCAACAUCUGCGCAUGGCCAGACCGUUUACGACGCAGCCCAUAAUAUCACAGUCAUCACCGGAACCUGGAGCUCUGGCAGCCAGAAUGUCGUCACUGGACCCGGCUUUGCUACGCCAUCUCAAGAGGCGUUUACAUACCCAAAAACAACAGGCAUGUCAUACUCUUUCACGGAUGAUGGAUACUACGAGAUCGCACGGUAUCGUAUGACUAGCAAUGGCACCGUACCAACCUGCAUUACGGGCGUUAUGAACUGGUCUCACGGUACAUAUGUGCUCGCCUCUAACGGCUCCAUUGUCAUGACACCAUUCGGCGACGGCUACCAACAAAUACAAGAUCCCUGUGCCGCCAUCUCCAACUUCAUAGAAAACUACAAUUAUACCGAGCUUUACAUUCUUUGGAACAUAUAUCAAGACCCAGUUAAGGGGUAUACUCUCCAACUGUACCAGUUUGACGGUACACCGUUACCACCUCAAUAUCUCGUCACCACUUCACCCAACAUGCUUCCAACUCAGCCUCUCCGGAAUGUCAGCACAAUCACCACCACCAGCGCCAUCGUCAAAAAUGCGGCAGUCGUCAACGCCAAUGCUGGGGAGCGUCGAUGGGAGGUGGCGAGCAUGACAGGUUUGCUUACGGUGAUUUCCGGUCUUGGACUAGCUGCUCUACUAUUGUAG